UCCAAGAUCACAGCCUCACGCAAACUCUUGUUGAAGAGUUUGAUGCUGGCAAAAGCAAAGGAGGAGUGGGAUCAGGAGAUCGUGGACAAGCAGUCAGAGAAGGAAAGAUACCUGUCUGAGCGGAUCACACCACUGCACACCAGUGGGCUUUCCUUGAGCCAGCUCCAGGACCUGUGCAGGGAGCUGCACGAGAAGGUUGAAAUUGUUGAUGAAGAGAGAUAUGACAUCGAAGCGAAAUGCAACCAUAAUACUCGGGAGAUUAAAGAUCUGAAAAUCAAAGUGCUUGAUCUCCGAGGAAAGUUCAAGCGACCCCCCCUGCGGCGAGUCCGCGUCUCCGCCGAUGCCAUGCUGAGGGCUCUGCUGGGCUCCAAGCACAAGGUUUCCAUGGAUCUGAGAGCCAACCUGAAGUCUGUCAAGAAGGAGGACACGGAGAAGGAGCGCCCCGUGGAAGUGGGCGAUUGGCGCAAGAACGUGGAGGCCAUGUCGGGGAUGGAGGGGCGAAAGAAGAUGUUCGAUGCUGCCAAGUCCCCCACGGGCCAGUGAGAGGAGCAUCGGGAAGAAGAGCCUCCCCACCCCUGCUGCCUGCCUCCCUUUCCCUUGCUGCCCCUCUGUGCUCUUUACGCCCUUACCCUGAAUUCACCACCGAGCUGAAACACGUGGACAACUGUGUGGGAAGAUCUGACCUUCUUUCUUCCAGCUCUGCC